UAAUUUGCAUCGUUAGAUGAAAUUUAUGGUUUUGGGUUUGGGUAUUUUACUUUAGGUGCCACAAGAGUACGUGGGUGAAAAUGAUUUUACCGAGGGGGGAAGACGUAAACGAUGGUCGGAAGUUUGGAAAGAUUUUACCGAGGAGAAGAAACCAGAUGGGUCGACUGGGGCUAGAUGUAAGCAUUGCUUGCUUUUGUUAUCGGCUAGUAGUAAUUCAGGGACUAGUCAUUUAAAUCGUCACAUUAAGCUACAUUGUCCAACAAAUCGAUAUAGAGAUGCUAGACCUAAAGCAAUGCUUCAUCCUUCUGCUACCUUGAAACAAUAUGGUGAUUAUUCGAAGGAGUUUAAAUUGGAUCAGGAUGUCAGUCGUAGAAAUCUUGCGAAGUUGGUGAUUAGUGCCGGAUUGCCAUUUGACAUUGUGGAGCAACCCGAAUUCUUUAAUUUUGUUAAAAGCCUUCAGCCUUCUUUUCAGUUUGUUGGGAAGGAAAUAGUUAGAAGGGAUUGUGUUAUUCUGUAUGAAGAAGAGAGGAAUAAGAUUCACAAUAUGUUGAAGAAUUUAAAUUCUCGUGUCAGUUUCACUUUUGAUAUGUGGGUAUCAGAGCAAGAUGUUGGAUAUAUGGCCCUCUAUGCACAAUUUAUUGAUUGUGAUUUUGUCUUAAGGAAAAAAAUACUCAAUUUCAGAAGAAUUGCCUAUCCUCAUGCAAGUAAUGAUGAAAUUGCAAAGUGCAUUGGUGAAUGGGAGUUGGAUGAGAAAGUUUUUGCACUUGUGCUUGAUGAUUCUACAACUAAUGAUAUCUUGGUGACAAGGUUAAAAGAGAACUUGGGCGGAAAGUUGCUAGCUAGUGGAAAUUACUUGCAUAUAAUAAGUUGUGCAAACUUCUUAAAUAGCGUGGUAGAAGAUGGACUGAAAGUGUUGCAUCUUGCUGUUGAACACAUUCGAAAUAUUGUUAAACAUGUGAUCAGCACUCCGUCGUGUAUGCAAGCGUUCAAUGAAUGUGCACAACAGUUUCGAAUUGAUACUGACAAGGGUUUGUUUCUAGAUGUUUCCACAGAGUGGAAUACUACAUAUGAUUUGCUUGAAAGUGCACUGUACUAUAAGGAAGCACUUAUUAGAUAUGCUCUAAUAUUUCAUCAUUGUACUGAUGCUCCUACACAUGAUGACUGGGAGAAGACUGAGGCCAUAAUGAAGUUUUUAAAACCUUUCGUUAAUGCAAUUAACGUGCUUUCAAGGGCUAACUUUCCCACUGCAAAUUUGUACUUUAGAGAAAUUUGGACUAUUCGACAGCUUUUGCAAGACGAAAUCUUUAACUGUGAUGAAGUGGUAAGGAACUUGACAUUGGAAAUGCAAACAAAAUUUAAGAAGUAUUGGAAUGAAUGCAACAUGAUUCUAGCAAUUGCGUCUAUUUUAGAUCCCCGGUUCAAGUUUCUAUUUGUUCAAUAUUGCUAUGAAAGUGCAUUUGAUGAAGAGCAUGCAAAGGUAAAGGUCAAAGAAAUUCGGGAUUGCCUUUACAAGCUUUACAAUGAUUAUGAGAAGGCAUUAAAAGUAGUGGAACAGUCUAUGCCCAGUGAAAGCAGCAGACAAGUAGUGAGUGCACUCAGUGAAAGCCCAAGUACACUUACGGGUAAGAGAAAGCUUGAGUCAGAAUUUGCAACGUACUUGUCCCAAAAUCUCCUGAAAAGGGCAAAAAGGAAUGAAAUGGAUGCUUACUUGGAGGAUGAUGUACUUCCUACUAUGGACGAUGAAGACUUCAGUAUUUUGAUUUGGUGGGAGAAGAGUGCAGAUGUGUAUCCCGUUUUAUCAAUGAUGGCUCGAGAUAUCUUAGCUAUUCCAGUUUCUAGUGUCACUUCUAAGUCAGCUUUUAGGGCAUGGCGGAAACUUAUAGAUCAGUAUAGCAAAUUUGUAGAUUCAUCUAUGGUAGAGACCUUGAUAUGCUCACAGGAAUGGUUGCAUGCUGAUUACCACCCUGAUGUAUGUCCAGACUUCCAUGCUUCCAGUGUUGUAGAUGAAGAGCUGUUUGAUAGUUGCUUACCUGAAUGAAGACCGGAAGAGGUGUGACGAUGAUGAACAAGAAUGUAUAAUGAUUGAGGAAGUCCAUGAUUUUGAAGUCGUUGCGAUUGUAUCUUUCAUCUUCAUCACAGUGUAGAAUUCCAUUGCAUUGAGGACUAGGGGCUCAAUGGAUCCAUCUACAGGUGACAUCGUUAUUUUCAAAAGAUUAUUGACUGCUUCUGGAUACAACGUGACACAUUGAGGUUCGCUAUCUUUACAUUUCUCUGACCUCCAAUAUCCAUCUGAUACUUUCUGAUAUCAUCUGCUGAGCCAGAAUCACUUCGCUCCAGAAAUCACACGCAGAAAUUUCUGAUUUGGUUUGAAGCCUGAAUAUUGGCAAUCGAGUUGGAUGGAUUUGAUAAAAAGGGGAAGAGAUGUUUCAUAAUUCGGGAAUCCAUAAAAAUUGCAACUAUUGUAACCAUCGCCUGUUUUUUUCCGUAUCCAGCAAUCAUAAGUAAUCUGUUUGAAUUGUUUUUGAGAUGUGCCAAGAAAUUGUUCUGUAUCUUCUUUUGCUUCAAAGUAGGUCUUUUUAUUCAGAAGUCAUGCCCUGAGCC